AUGCGAUGUUGCUUGUCCAAGCCGUUGCACGAGCAUCCGGCCCCUAAAGCCGUGCAGUCGCCGUUAGAGCACGCGAAGUUCAUGUUAGCUGGCAUUUUGUCCAAAUUCUUGAUGUCGCCGUUCAAAACGCACCACUUUUGCUCCAUAUGCUUACUUGGCGGGGACUGGCAUUCUGUCAUUCCCUUUCCCAGUGAAGUCGAUCGGGUACUUGGGUUGCCCGUCAUACCUAUAUAUCCCCCAAUGGCGCUCGAAAUCCCCGGGCGCUAUGCUCUUUUGAUUCUCAAACCCUUGGUAGAAUCUCUUCGCCAUCUUCGCAUUCGCUUGGGCGUGCCCGUCCGUGGGCCACCCUAUCUCCCCUAUGGUGAUCCUCACCUUGGGGGCCCCGGCCUUCUUGAGCGCCCACACGAGCGUGUCCAAGUUGGCGUCGAGCAUGUUCGUGUAGGUGAUCCCAUCGUCCUCGACUGGCGUGGCCCCACCGUCAAAGAAGGCAAACUCGAUGGGGAAAUCCGGGAAAGGGGAGUUGUGGUCUUGGAGGAAGCGCACGAUUUGGGUCAUGAGGUCGCGGAUGUCGGCCCGGAAUUGGCCGGCCGAGGGGCCCGACGAGCCCGAGUCGUAGACGUCGCCGUUUUGGGGGAUGGUGGCCUUGAUGCGGUCGCCGAGCCCGCUCUCGUCGAGGGCCUUUUGGAUGUUUUGGAGGGCCGGGAAUGUGGUCUCGAGAGAACUCAACUGAUUGUUGGGGAUGCCGAGCAUGACUUCAAUGUCCAUCCCUUUGAAGAAGUUGACGGUCCAAGCAUCCGAAUCGAACAACUUGACCUUAUUAAUCUUGUUGUCUCUGAGAAGCUGGGCAACAACACCAGGGUUCAGGUUUUGGGCAGCCUGGGUUCCCCAGUUCACGCCGAGCCCCUCUGCCACGUGGCCCAUGAUCGACAGCGUGGCAAGAAGCAUAAAGCCGACCCAUGA